UGAUUGGUCGUCCGGUCUCAGUUUAAAAACUGAACCGCGGAGACGAGAGAAGCAGCUAAAGCUAACGUUAUGGUCUUUUUUCGACGUUUCUUACUUCAAAUGUGAUGCAUGGUGAAUAAAAAAACAUCCAGAAGAUGAUGGAGUCUUGUUUUGCCGGGAAGGCAGAGAGAGUUGGACCGGUGGAGGUGGAUGACAUCAGGAAAGAUCUGUUUGGUGAAUUUGCCGCUCUUCCAGCCGAGGACGCUGUUCCGUCACAGUCAGAGAACCUACAGGUAUACCUGAGGGUUCGACCUUUCACUGCAGCUGAGAGUGACAGAGAAGGUUCACAGGAGUGUGUGACCAUCGAGGGACCGGACACUGUGGUCCUGAAGGCUCCUAGGAGCUGUCAAUCAAACAGACAGAAUGAGAAGUCCCUCCCACAGACGGCACAGAGGUUCAGCUUCACACAGGUGUUUGGUCCGGACUCCAGUCAGAGGAAGGUGUUCGAGGGUUCAGUUCGAGGUUUGGUCCGAGGCGUUCUGGACGGAGGAAACUGUUUGGUGUUCACAUACGGGGUCACCAACGCUGGAAAGACCUUCACAUUCCUCGGUCCGGACCACGACUCGGGUCUGUUGCCGCGCUCUCUGUCUGUGAUCUUUAACAGCAUUGAGGGUCGUCUGUACAGCCGGGUGGAUCUGAAGCCCCAGCGCUGCAGGGACUUCACCAGACUGACUCCAGACCAGCAGGCGGUGGAGCUCAGCAGCAAGAAGAACCUGCUGAGGCUGUUGAAAGAGAGUGACAAAAAUCUGACCGCUGGAAGAUCGACCUUUCUUGAUGGCUCGUCUCUCAGCACAGACAGCAGCGUGAACAGCACCUCGGACUCCGACAGUUUCUGUCUCGACGUCUCCUCAAACGUCCGUUAUUCUGUCUGGGUUUCUUUCUGUGAGAUUUACAACGACAACAUCCACGACCUGCUGGAACAGAUUCCCGGUGGACACCAGAGGAGGACGGUGCUGCGUCUGUCUCAGGACGUCAAAGGAAACUCCUUCAUUAAAGACCUGAGGUGGGUCCAGGUGAACAGCUCGGAGGAGGCCUACAGAGUGAUGAAGAUCGGGAAGAAGAACCAGAGUUUCUCCUCCACCAGACUGAACCAGCUCUCCAGCAGGAGCCACAGCAUCUUCUCCGUCAGGAUCCUAAAAGUGGACGACGUUGGAGUUCCCAGAGUCCUCGGUAUCAGCGAGUUGGCUCUUUGUGACCUCGCCGGCUCCGAGCGAUGUUCUCGAACUCAAAACACCGGAGAGCGACUGAAAGAAGCGGGAAACAUUAACAGCUCUCUGCUGACACUCGGGAAGUGCAUCAACGCUAUGAGACUUAACCAACACGCCAAGUUUCAGCACCACAUCCCCUUCAGGGAGUCCAAGCUGACCCACUUCCUGCAGUUCUUCUUCUGUGGUGCCGGCCGGGUCUCCAUGGUGGUCAACAUCAACCAGAACUCGUCCUGUUUCGACGAGACGCUCAACGUCCUCAAGUUCUCGGCUCUCGCCCAGAAGGUGGUUGUGUUGAAUACAAGGCCAGUUGUCGUGGACGACGCCCCCCACAGGUCGGCCAUGGAGCUGUCGAUGAUCAUCGACGAGGCUGAUCAGCGCAGAAACGUCUCCGGGCGGGGCAGGAAGAGCUCGCUGGUCGCUUGGGAAACGACCCUGGAGGACGUGCAGGAGGAUGAGGACGGUGAAGACUGGGAUGAGGAGGAAGAAGAAGAAGAAGAAGAGGAGGAGGAGGAGAGUGCGAUGGAGGGAACAGUGCUGGAGGCAGGAGGAGAGGAGGACGAGGAAGAGGAGGGGGACAGGACCAUGGAGGAAGACCACAGGUCCGACAGGGAGGCGGCGCUGCGUUUGGUUCUGGAGGCUCAGAUCAGAGAAGAAGUCAGCACUGAGUUCAUGGAGCUCUUCAACAAGAUGGAGAAAGACUACAGUGAGCGUCUGGAGAAGGAGAGAGAGAUCAUGGAGGAGCGAGCGGAGAAGAGGGUGGAGAUCCUGAAGAAUCUGGUCAACAAGACGGUCGACCUUUCUGCCGUCAACGCUGAGUCCACCAAGCAGGAGCAGGAGGCUCUGUUAGAAGGAUUCAUCAGCUCGAUGACUGAAGACCUGGAGAAAAUCAAAGAAGACGCUCAGAGUGCUCAGCGCUGUCUGACUGAACACGCACAUAUUGCAGAGCUUGAAGCGCUGCGACUGGAGAAGCAGCAGACACACGACCAGCUGCAGGAGGCCAUGGAGAGUCUGCAGCAGCAGAAAGAGAAGUUAUCAGACCUGAUGGAGAUCUGUCAGCAGAAAGACGACAUCAUUAACAAACUGCAGACGGCCAUGGACGACACGGUGGAGAACGCCACCAGAGACAAAGCUCUGGUGGAGACGAUAAAGGCGGAGCUGCUGGAGCUUCAGCAGACCUGCAGCUGUCUGAGGGGGAAAGGAGCAAAGAUGGAGGAGGAGAAAAGGAAACGGCAGCGCGACUCCCUGGAAGACGAAGAGGAGAGAGGACCUGCAAAGAAGAGAGUGGUUCUGGAGGAGGAGAUCUGGAGGCUCCAGGAGGAGAACGACAAGAAAGAGGCGACCAUCGCCGAGCUCAGAGAGGAAGAGGAGGAGAGGAGGAGGGCGCUGGAGGAAGAGCUGAGGCGGAGGGAGGAGGAGGUGGAGGAGCUGAAGAAGGAGCAGGUCUUACUGGAGCAGAAAGUUCUGCAGCUUACAGAUCUGGACGAGUGUUCAAACUGUGAGUCCGUGUUUGCGUCUCUGGAGUUGGAGCAGAGGGAAACUUCCAAACUGAGAAAGGAGAACAAAGCUCUGGUUAACGGGAUCUUCCAGCUGCAGACGGAGGUGACCGGCCUCCAGUCGCAGCUCAAACAGCGGACUGACUCGUCUGACAGCCUGUCAGAGCAGCUCGACACUGCCAAGACCCGCCUCCAAGUCCUGGAGAGCCAAUCAGAGGAGAAGACGACCUCCGUCAGCAGUCUGACACAGGAAGUGGAGCAGCUGAGACAGAAAGUGAAGGAGGAGGAGGGGCGGAGCAACAGCAGCAGCAGUGUUUUCCACGCCUCCAUGGAGGAGUUGAAGAAGGAGAGCAGGGCGGCGCUGGAGAGAUCGGCGGAGAAAUCCCAACAAAUCGAAGCUCUGCAGAGAGAAAAGAAACAGCUGGAAGAAAAUCUGACACAAAGUGAGAACAGGUGUGAGGAGCUCGGGGAGGAGUUAACCAAUCAGAAGGCAGAACUAUCUGGUCAGCUGGAGAGCCUGAAGGCGGAGCUUAAGUCAGAGUGUGGAGCUCUGCGAGGGCGACUGGAGGAGACGGUGCAAUCAGAGGAGGAGAGGAGGCGGAGCCAGGAGAGAGAGAAGGAAGAGCUCCAACGAGAGGCGACGGCGAGGGAGAAACUUCUGGAAGAAAGCUGCAGACAGGUGGAGACUCUGAGGAAAGAGCUGGAGCGUCUGAAGGAGGAGCUGCAGAGGAGAGAGGAGGAGGAGGAGGAGGAGGAGGAGGGGAAGGAGAACAGAGAGGUGGAGGAGAGGAAGGUGACGGUGGUGGACGAGCUGAAGGAGGAGAUCCUGAAACUGGAGGAGAGGAGGGGGAGACAGCGGAAGCAGCAGGAGGAGGAGGUGGGGGGGAGGAGCAGGGCGUUCGAGGCUGUGAGGAGAGAGAUGGAGAGGCUGCAGGCGAGCUCACAGAGAUGUGGUGGGCGUGUCCUCACAGAUCAGGACGCUCAAGUCUCUCCUCUGAGAUCCAACAUGGCUGACAGGAAGAAAACCCCCAGAACUACAGGGAGGAAGAGGAAGAGCUGUGAGAUGCAGGGCCUGGUGUUCAGCGAGAAUAAGAGAAACCGAGUGAGGAACACACGGAAAGACAAAGAGUCCUGCUCUGUGGUGAAGGAGAAGAGAGACGGCGCUCUGCAGAAGAUCGGAGAGUUGAUCCACAGCUCUCCCUCCAUCCUGGGCAGCAAAGCUAAAACCAUCCUCAGCCUGGUCAGUGGACCUGAGGCGGUUACCACGGCAACCAAACCAAAACGAGGCCGGAAAAAGCUUUUCAAGAAAGACGCGGAAUCGCCGCUGUUUGACUUGCCACACACGACGUCGGGCGGAGCGGACGAGGAGAAGGAGAGCGAUCACGUCAUCAUUAAGAGACAGCUGAGAUCAAAAACAUGCAGGAAGUGAAGACGAGGAGGAAAUCCUUUUAAAUAUCUGUACAGUUAGUUUUACUUUGUAUUUUUUAGGAGUGUUUGUUUUGUUUUUCAUCGUUGGGAGUGAAUAAAAAGAUGUGAGAGAACAACCCUUCUGACUUUAAUAAAAAUAAAAAUGAUUCCCAGCCUC